AUGUUUCGGGAUAUCUUGGGCUUAGACAAUCCUGAAGAUAUCAGUCGAAAGCCGAAAAAUCCUAGGUUCAAGUUCGCAUUCUAUCAUGAUUUUGUGCCUCCUCCACCAUUGUCAUCGCUGGUAGAGGAGACCGAAGUGCCAUUGCGCCGAUGGAGCAGUGUCAUUGGUUAUGUAUCUCAACCUAUAGACGAAAACCGACUCUCAUUGCUUAACUGGGGUCACCUCUCCUCCGAGCACCGCGCCCAUCGGGAGACCAGACUGGCAUCUCUGAAAGCUGAAAUUUCCAAUGAUAGCCGUGCGUAUCAGGCUGUCUUGGAAAUACUGAGUGAUUUGUCAGAGAAGGCCCCUGAAAACUCAUCGAAGAAGAAAUCAUUAUACGGGAGAAUCCACAAGCAGAAGUGGAUCGCAAUUCUCUUUGUUUGCGACAAUCUGGCCAUAUUCCCUGACCACAAAUUCCCUCAAUUCCAAAUCUCUUCAAAGAUAGUCAAAGGUAAUGUGACGAAGGAGAAUCUGACCAAUAUUCUAAUUGAUUGGCGCGUCGAUGGCAUCAAAGAGACAGAGGAUUUUGUAUGGCCCUUUUUCACACCAGUAAAUUCUCCACCUCCUACUGCUCCAUGGGCUCCCGGGCAUCCUUCAAGUACCACUGGAGACACGUCUGCUACCACUCGCACAUUAACUCCUGAGGGACAAGCGGAACUGAUGAGGGAGCUUGGCAAGUCCAUGAGUUAUUCUUCUGCAUUGGGAGUUGGUGGCAUUCAUCGGCUUCUGCAACAACCGUUAGCCCGAGACGAGCCAGAAGACGAGCUUCGGAAAGCUCUGAAGAAAUUUUCCGGGGAUUCGUUGGCUUAUGUUUGCACCGACCUCAAACGGCUUCCUGCAGGAAAAUUUGCGAAAGAUGACAUGGUCAAGCAGUUAAUGGCCUGGGUAUGCAUCAGAUUUCCUGCUCAUUGA